AAGCAUAGAAUUUGCUAGAAUAACUGCACAAAUUCAUCCGGUUUGGCCAGAAAUGCCUCAAGGGCAAGGUGAAUUGUUCUUCGAAUGCACGCUGUUUCUUUAUUCCGUGUUAGCAUUGUUUUUGCAGUAUCUCAAUUUGUACAAGACAAUGUGGUGGUUACCAAAAUCAUAUUGGCAUUAUUCAUUGAAAUUUCAUUUAAUUAAUCCAUAUUUGCUGUCGUGUGUUGGUCUUUUACUUGGCGUACGGGUAACAAAAUGUUUUUGGAGAACGAUUACCGAAUUAGCAGCGACUGCCAGACAAGAUAGAUCGAAAGCUCAUUACUUAUUAUGGGAUAUCGUAGAGUGGGCAGCCAUUAAAACACCGAUGUUUACGAUGGUUGCAACAUCAUUUUUGUUCAGUUUUUCACGUGUUUAUUUCGAUUUUCCUUUCAAAUCAUUACUCUACUUUGGGCAUCCAGUUGUUUUCUUCUUAUAUUUAUUCCACGAUAGUAUAUCAUGUAAAAUACGCUAUUAUUCUACAAAACUGUGGUUUAUUCUUAAUGGAAGAUCACUAUCAGAAGUAUCGAAACAACGAUCGCCAUCUGGCUUGCCACAACAGAUGUACAUUGAUGUUUUGUGGAUUAUGGAACUAUUUUGUAUCGUAUUUUUAACAUCGUUUUCACUUUACGCAACAUAUUUGUUGCCAUUACAAUACUGCGAUUUGAUACAUCGUUGUGCAGCACAUCUUGGAAAAUGGGAGCGGUUGGAUCGGUUAUCGGUAGCUACAAUUGGUAGUAAUGGUGGUAGUAAUAGUAAUGAUGACAGUAGUUAUAAUAGUAGUGGUAGUGCUGCUGGUGAAGGUGAUGGCAGUUCAACACAAACAACGAAUUCUACCACAACAAAUAAUAUAUAUGCAGAAUGGUCCGAACGCGAUGGUCUUUAUGCAGGUGGUUCGAUUGUUCGUCAUCGUGGACAGUUCUACAAAGCUGUUACUAUUGUUGGUGUGUUAGGUGUCGCAGCUGAACCCGGGAAUUCGGAUCAUUCUCGUUUUUAUCGAAUUGGUGGUGAUCCGGUUACUUUGAUCAACACAAUGACUAUUUUUCAAGUUGUUCUAAUUGGUAUCCAGUUUUGGAUGUUGGUAUUGACGACAGAUUGGCAACAUAUCGUUACGCUCGUACUACUUAUAUUUGCAAAUUACCUCUUACUGGCAAAGACAUUUAAAGAUCGUGUGAUUAUUGGAAGGAUUUAUAAGCCUUCUCCUGAAGAUCUGCAAUUAAUUAAGCAAAUGCAACAAUAUGAAUAA